UCAUGGCCCGAUGGGCGAUGGCUGCACCGAAAAACCGCCUCCCAUAACAAAACGACUCCGAAAUUCUCGCGUUGAAGGCUGAAGAGAGCUCAGGCGAAGAGCAAAAGCAAAUUUCACAGCUUUCAUUACAAUCAUGGCUUCCGACGAUCCCAAAGCCGUAGAAGCAGAGCCACCGCCGUCGUCUUGGAAGGAGCGCAUCGUCUUUCCCACUCUCCUAGCUGGGAUUCUCGGUGGAGGAGCUGGGUUGGUCUCCAAGCAUCGAAAAGUCGUGGGUCUCCCGACCAGUUGCGCCACUUAUGCUGCCAAUUUCGCCAUUGUUACGGCUUGUUACUGCGGGGCUCGUGAAUAUGUGGGAGUAACUCGAAAAACUGGACCUAAUGAUCUGGUGAACUCUGCAAUUGCUGGGUUUGGCACUGGUGCUAUUCUUGGGCGUCUUCAGGGGGGUCGAAUUGGUGCUGUCCGCUACUCAAUCAUCUUUACUCUUGUUGGGACAACUGUGGAUUAUGCUACGAUUAGACUAAGACCUGUGUUAAAGAGCUACAAAAAAUCUAUGCUUGGGAGUAAUGACGGGUCACAGAAGAAUGACGGUUGGUUGAAAAUGCCCGACUGGUCUCCUAUCAAAGUACUUGACGAGGAAGCGCUCGCUGCAAAACAUGCUCGCGAACAAAAGAUGUACGCACAGAGGGCAGCACUUGGUAACCUAAGCAAAAAAGAGUCCUAAAAUUUUGUUACAUGUAUCUUAAACUUUCUUAUAUGUCAAUAAUAACGUUUCAGGGCAUGCCUCUCAAAUUUUGGUUGCGUU